AUGGGCACUGUCAUAUUGAAGGAACCAAUACAUGUCAUAAGAGACAAGUUUUCUGUUCAAACCCCACCAAGCUUCAAUUCAUCUUGCACAACCUCUUACAUGAUGCGGUUCAUCAACUUGAUAGUCCCAUUGGUGCUGGAAUUUCUCAUUGGUGUUUCAGCAAGCUUGCACAAGCCAAACUGUCCAAACAAUGACAUCAUCUGGGAAGUUGAAUCUUCAACUGGGACAGCUACCUUAAUCUGUACUGGUUGUCGUCAGACAGGCGAGUCAUUCAAACUUGCUCCCUGCCCCAAAUCAAAUUGUGGUGGAUACUGGCUACCAAAGAGGAACUGCCCCAAAUGUGGGAUCGACCCUCCUCCCCGAAGGAAGUUCUAUGACAAAUGA